GGACGAAGCGCCAUAGCCACGGUAGUCGUGGUGACAAGAACCCAGCAACGAGAAUCAACAACAACAACAACCCGAUUCAUUGAAUAAAGCGUAUUAAAUCAAAAGUACCGCUGGAAAAGUCACUCGGAAUAAGAGUCCAAUGGCAACUCCAGCUUAUGUGAGGGAGCUUCAACAGCCCUCCCAGCCUCAGAGGGGCGUUGUGACUUCAACAACAGUGCAGACUGCCACCGUGACGGCAGCUCCCCAACAGUUCCUGGCUGAACUUCAGACUACCGGGGCUACCGCCACAGCUACCCCGCCUGCCGGCCAGACCACGCCCCCUCCAGCACAAGCACAAAAGACCCAGGCAAUUGUUCAGGCCCCGCCUGCUCCGGCCCAACCCACUCAGACCCAAUAUGUCACAGCUGAGAUUCAGAACUCACCUACACAGUCCAGUAACGUCCAGAACACACCACAGUACAUAGUUGUCACAGUUACAGAGGGUUCUCUUCAUUCAAAUGACUCUGUGUCUGACUCCAGUCCUCCUGCAGCUGUAGUCCAGACUGGAGUUCCCACACAGGUGGUGCAGCAGGUGCAGACCGCCCAACAGAGGUCAGUGGUUCAGGCCACAUCUCAGGCAACAAAAACAGAGCCAAGCACCCAGCUGAAUGUCACCAGCCUACAAUCUGUGCACCUGACACAGGAGGUACAGCAGCAGCUCCAACAGGUCCCAGUCCAGCAUGUGUAUGCUAACCAGGUGCAGUAUGUGGAAGGAGGAGACACAAACUACACCACCAGCACCAUACGUUCCAGCAGUUUCUCCUACACAGACGCCCCUCUGUACACCCAAACCACUGCUGGACAGUACUACGAGACCACCCCUGCCUCUGGAUCUGAGGCCACAUCCCCCGGCACUCCCUUAACUGUCUCUGUGACCACUGGAUCGCCCGGGGUGUCCAUGUUUGUGGCGGGGGCGGGGCAGAUUGUGGCCAAUCCCACUUCAGCUGCUGGGGGCGGAGUCACAGCUGUAGUGGCAACCGCGGGGGCGGCGGCUAACGGUUCUGAUUCUGGAGGGGAGGCUAACGGUAGCAGCGGGAGUUACGUGAUUCAGGGCGGCUACAUGCUUGCUGGCAGUGGAAACGGACAUGGUUAUACACACCCCACCCGCGCCUCUCCGUCCACCGUGAGUAUAAACGAAGGCGAGGACAAUAGCGUGCCGUCGGCAGACAAAAAGCUGUCCUCUGGCCCUCAGGUGCAGUGGUUAUUGGAUAACUAUGAGACCGCAGAAGGGGUGAGUUUGCCCCGAUCCACACUCUACUGCCACUACCUGCUGCACUGUCAGGAACAGAAACUAGAGCCCGUGAACGCAGCGUCCUUCGGGAAACUCAUCCGCUCGGUGUUCAUGGGGCUGAGGACCAGGCGCUUGGGCACAAGAGGGAAUUCCAAAUAUCACUAUUAUGGACUGCGGAUCAAAGCCAACUCAUCUCUGCUCAGACUGAUGGAGGACCAGCAACACCUGGCCAUGAGACAGCAGCCCUUCUCCCAGAAACAGAGGUUGAAGCCGGUACAGAAAGUGGAGGGAAUCACUAACAGUAUGUCAUCCGGAUCUGGACAGCAACAGCAGCAGCAGCAGAGUUCAGGUCUGUCGGACAUCAGCACACAGGUGCAGCAGUACCAGCAGUUUUUGGAUGCGUCCCGGGCCCUUCCAGAGUUCCCUGAUGUUGACCUACAGGGUAAAGCGUUGCCAGAGGGCACUGAGCUGGAACAUCUUAAGAGCUUUCAGAUGCUCUACAGAGAACACUGCGAGGCCAUUCUGGAUGUGAUGGUCAAUCUGCAGUUCCCUUUGGUGGAAACGCUCUGGAAAACAUUUUGGAGGUUCAGUGAAAGUCAGGCAGGAGAUGCAGCAUUAUCUGUACAUGAUGAGUCAGAGAAGCGACUGCCCAAGUCAUGUUUAGUGCUGCUGUGUAAAUAUGAUCCAGUGCUUCGCUGGAGCCGUGACUGCGACAACACACUAUACCAGGGCCUUGUGGAGAUGCUCAUCCCAGAUGUUCUGAGACCCAUUCCCAGUGCCUUAACACAAGCCAUCCGAAACUUUGCCAAGAGUCUGGAGAGUUGGUUGACUAACGCCAUGAUGAACAUUCCUGAAGAGAUGGUUCGUGUCAAGGUGACGUCUGCGAGCGCAUUUGCUCAGACCCUGCGCAGAUACACCUCUCUAAACCACCUGGCCCAGGCUGCUCGUGCCGUCCUACAAAACACUGCACAGAUCAACCAGAUGCUCAGUGACCUCAACAGAGUGGACUUUGCCAACGUGCAGGAACAGGCCUCAUGGGUGUGCCGAUGUGAAGAUCGGGUGGUGCAGCGGUUGGAGCAGGACUUUAAACUGACUCUCCAGCAACAGAACUCUCUGGAACAGUGGGCCGCCUGGCUGGAUGGUGUGGUCUCACAGGUCUUAAAGCCGUACCAGUCCAGUUCUGCCUUCCCUAAAGCAGCUAAACUCUUCCUGCUGAAGUGGAGCUUUUACAGUUCAAUGGUGAUCAGAGAUCUGACUCUGCGCAGUGCAGCCAGCUUUGGCUCUUUUCACCUCAUCCGUCUGCUCUAUGAUGAAUACAUGUAUUACCUGAUAGAACACAGAGUCGCACAGGCCAAGGGUGAAACGCCAAUCGCUGUCAUGGGAGAGUUUGCAAGUCUUGGUCGAAGUUUGAAUCCACUGGAUCCUGAUAAAGAAGAGGAAGAGGAGGAAGAAGAAGAGAGUGAGGAUGAGUGUCAAGAGUUAUCUCUGCAGUCUGAUGGGGGCACUAUUGGUGACGAAUCUCUGGAACCCCCUGCCAAACUGGCGCGAACCGAUCAAAGGGUGCUGUUCAGCACAGGAACAAUGGAGAACUGAGAACUUAAAUACACACAUGCUUACACACACACACACACACACACACACACACACACACACACACACACACACACACACACACACACACACACACACACACAC